CGCCAUCGAGCUACGGAGAGGUCUCCAUCUCGAAGUCUGGAUACAAAUACGACAAUGUGGCUACUACCUGUGAUUGUCCUUCUACUGGGAUUACUGGAGUUGAGCUGGGCAGAUACCCUUGUCCAGUUGCAUGUGAAUCGUCCUUACAACGAUGUUAACGAGAAGUUUGUCAGCUUCGCCGUCCGGCCGGAGGACUUGUACGAUGCACUGGAUGGAAAAAAUCGGAAAGCAGUGACCAAUAUGGCCACCCUUUUGGGAGAUGCCCACAUUAAGUUUGUUGGUGACUUUUAUUUCGCCACUAAUGCACCCAAUCGUCUGCGGAAUCCCACAAAGAUCAUCUGGAAAGGUUUUAACCGAUGGACGCGAGCCGUAAACUGGACCAUGAUCAUUCCGGUGCCAUAUGCCCCCGACGAAUGGGACUCCAUGCACACCCUUAAAAUCCUAAACACCUCCUACAUGGUGGGCAUCACCGAUUGCAUUUGGCAAUUGGGCACUGAUUUUGGAACUUCAAGAGCCAAGGAUUACGUCCAGGAGCUACGUACUCUCAAGCUGAUGACGGAUACCUUCAAGCCGUACGUGGAUGAUUGGCGGAUCAUGGGGGCGGACAUUUCGGCAGGCAGCAGUGCUGAUGAAACAAGAAGAUACGUGGACACGUCUAAGGACCUUAAUACAGCCUUCGGAUGGACACAGCCUUCCAACAUGCUUCCCAAGUCCAGUUUGGGGAGCUAUCUGUACGAUAGCGACCCGGCUUUGAGGAUUCUGCAGCAGCAGCGUGUUCCCUUGUGGUUAAGCCUGCCAGAGGAGCGAUCCUCAGAGCGACUAGUUGGUGAUGAGACUACCGAUGCCCUGCGCUGGGCCCAGACACUGGGGGAUGCGGCCAGCACUGGCUUCGAUGUGGUCUUCAAGCGCAUGACCCUGCAGGACUUCGAGCGACCCAAUUUCAGCCUGUUUGUGACGGCUUUGUUCAAAAAGGUUAUGGGUUCAAGGGUGUUCCCUGCGAGACCUUUGAAUGUGUUCUCCCCCAGCAACAAACUAUAUACGCACUGUGCCAAUGCCGUAUCCGGAGGUCUGGCAUUUAUGGUGGUCAAUACGGAGGACCAGCCCACCACGAUCACGGUGAGGAGUCCCAGUCGCCUGGCCGGCAAGGAAAUCUGGCAGUAUGUUCUGACUAGUUUGGAUCAACGAGUCCAACUGAACAAUGUUCGAUUGCAUUUAAAUUCUACCCUGCGUCCUUUGAUCAAAGAGAAUGAUGCCAGCAAACCCCUGCAGCUAAUCACUCCGAGUAUGUCGGUGGCGUUCUGGGUUCUACCCGAUGUCAAUCUGGAGCAUUGCCAGUUUUCGGAGAUCGAGGCGGAAGACGAGACAAGUGGAGACUCCUCGACGGAGAAACGUCGCUCCUCCCGAUACAGUUCCGCCGAUCGACUGCUUCAGCGCUUGAUAGAGGAAACAGCAGUAGCCAGGGGUGCCGUUCAGAGCUCCUUCAACCGAAACCGACGCUUUGUCCUGGACGAGGAUGAGAGACCAAGAAAUCUUCUGGACCGCCUAUUGCAGACCUUCCGUGAUACUAAGCCUGCUAAGAGAGAGGCCUCGGACACCGCCACCAAGUCUAGUCAUCAGCCCGUUAAUGUUCCACAAGCGUUGGCCUGGUUUAGUCAAGUAUUUGAGCAAGCCCAGGGUGUAAACCGAAGAUCACGGCGCAGUACUUCCGACUAUUCCGGUCCAUACUUCUACAACCGAAACGGUAAAAAGACCGCAAUGACCAAAAAAAUCACGGAGAUUCGGAAGCCAGAGACAAAGAAGAAGCCACUCUUUAACUUUGACGAGUUCGACGAGGAGAAGUUCUUCAAGAAGCUCGGAGAACAGCCGGAAGAGCCACCAACCUACACCCGUCUUCCCGAUGGUGAUGUCCACUUGAAGCACAUUGAAAGUAUAGAUGGGGAGGAAAAUGAACCGGAAACGGAAGUUGCGAUUCCCAAGAAACGCAAAUCAAAGUCCAAGAGCCAGUUGAAAAUUAUCCAAAGAGAGGAAGAAUCUGAACAGGAGCCCGAACCAGAACCGUCUGAAGGACGCAGAAAGCUGCGUUUGCUACCCACGGAGUUUUUCGAAGCAUUGCCAGCUCCCAAGGCUAACAAGAGAUUGAACCUGGGGGCCACUCUCAAUUCCCUGCUCUUCCCUGAGCCGUUCUCCAGCAAAGCCACUAUUGCCAAAAAUGAAUCGGGGAAGCCAAAGCCCGUAGAGGAACCCGAAGAGGAUGUGGAGCCCGUGCCCACCGCCAGAAGACGUCAUUCCAGGACUGGUCAUGUGGCCAGCGAUUUUCUCCAGGCUCAACGGGAACUGGGAAAACAUUUUCUCGGCCACAUAAACGAACACGAGCACGAGUUUUCUCUAGGAGAUGAGACACUACGGGAGAGUUCUCUGGAGGCAUUCAGUGCUGGUAAGAAGGCGUCCUCGCCGGACUAUUUCGGUGCCAAGGGAUCCGCUCCAGCUGCAGUCCCCGCCCAAGCAAAAAAAGCUGAUGUGGGAAUCACCUCCUGGUGGGACCUUCCAGCGAUGCGAAAGCGCCGUGCCAUUCCCAUGUCCAACUCUUUGGAAGAACUGCGAUCAAACUCUAUUGACAAAGAUGAUCAGGACGAGACAAUGCCUCUGGGGACAUACACCUUGUACGAAUACAAAGUCGAUCAAAGGCCACGAAUAAGCCCAUUUCCGCCAAAUGAGGACUCUGAGAAUUCCACGAUCAUGAAAAUCAGUAAGACCAAUGCUCCAGCUACAGAACACCGCAGGAUAUCCCUUGCUGAUGGAAUUGUGACUACCGUCAAGGCAAAGGUGUCCCGUUUCAUUAACAUCGUCACCCAGCACAUGAGCGAAUGGUACAAUACUUUGACCAGACACCUGGACACUGACAUGGAGCCUCCAAUGGGGACCCUCAAGGAGAACAGCAUCGAUAAAUAGAACAUUUUACUUUAGUUCAAGAAAGUUUUGAUCAUUAGACCCUUAUGUAAAUAUGUAAUUAAAAAUACAAUCCACAUUGCAUUGAAA